AUGGCCGACGAAGAAGAUCCUGUCAUUGCUUCCUACGAUGUGUUCCUAACGGAACCGAUAUCCUCUAAUGCUAAGGAGUCGUCUCCUCGAAAAUUAUAUGUGCUUCAAUACCCUUCCCACCGGCCAUACACCAAGCCAUACAAUGCCACAAGAUCGCAAACCCCCACCGCUCUGCGUCUCAAGCCAAACACCGGCUUCGUUGAAGUUGACGUGCCCAUACUGACUCAAGAGUACUACAACGAGUAUACUGGCGAAAAGUUUGGCAAAGCCAUUGCUGAGAGCAGGACUCUACAGAGUGGUGGGUCGUACGGUCUGGCCGGAGGAUUCAAUGCUGGCUCAACACAGACGAGGAUUAAGGACGUUCCCAUGCAUGAUCAACAUAACCCCGAGGUAACUUAUCUAACGACUCAGACUCUGGGCGGGAAGAUAGUCGCUCCGGACACACGUGAUCCUAUUUAUCUUGUGGGUUGUUUCAAGCAGAAUCAGAUCCAUCUGUCCCAUGUCGACGCAGUCGUUCAGAUGCGCCCACAGUUCCACCACAUUGACGCGGAGGACGAAUUGAAUCAGAAACGGGCACAAGGAGCAAGCGCGGGAGCAGCAGGAAAACAAAAGCCAGGCUUGGAGGCUGCCCCACCAAAGAUUGAAUCCAAAGCCAUUGAAAUCAAGAUCAAAGACAACAAAGAUGACGCUAAAGAUCGGGGCCUCAAUGAAAAUGCGCGGUUGUUGCGCGAUAUUCAGACGGAGGAGUGGCAACACCAUGGAUGGGUCGAUGAGGACGAACCUGGGUCGCAAGAAGCGUUCACAACACAUCUUCAGCUUCCCGGCGACGCAGCCCUUACGAAAGCCAAGUUACGCAGUCUCAUCAAUAAUGGCGACUGGCUUGACAAGAUGAGUGCACCUCGGGAGGAUGGCAAAAAGGGCCUCCUGGCCAAACUACGCGGUCGAGAACGAGAACGGGCGAGAAGAAAGAAGGCCGAGGAAGAAAAGCGUCAACGUCAAAGAGAGGCCGCAGGUGGCGCCGCCACCACGCAUGGCCCACCGCUCGAUAUGAGUUCUGACAGUGAUCUAAGCACUCCAGAUGCGUCGGAAAGCGAGGUUGACGAGGAUGUCACAAUGACUGGGACGGAACAUACCGAGCAGCUUAAGAUCAAGGAAGAACCUUCCGCUCAUUCCUCGGUGGGCACUGCUGGUGCUUCAGGACCAGCCGGUACGACCAAUGCUGCACCAAAACGGAGAGGACGGCCGAGGAAGAACCAGGACUCUGCACCUGAUGAAUGA